AGAAAAAAAAAAAAUGUCACAAAUGUUAGCGGAAUACUAAAAACGAAAAUUUCCUUCUAAAUUUUUUUUUUAACAUACCCCAUAUACAUUAAUCCUGCUAAGAGGAGGAAGCCAGUUAGGAGAAGGCCAGUGCGCACGGCAAUUAUGUUUGCCGGCCAUCUAAAAAAUUAUAACAACUCAAAUGAGUUUUUUGGCCAGCAAAGCAACGAAUUCCUUAAAGCAACAUCCAUAAAGCGCAAGCAAGAGCAAAAGUUAGAGGAAAAUUCCUUCAUCAUUAGCCCGGAUGUGAAUAAUAGAUCAUUGGUGUUGGGGAAUAUGCGAAUAGCAAAAGGAAAUGAUACUGAAAGUCGUGCUUCGCCUUCGUUAGCGCAGGAAAUGAAUUUGGCCAGAAGGGCUUGCUGGUGCAACAAUAGGUCGCUGCUGCCAGUAUCCAUUAAUGAAAUGGAUGAACAAAAAUGCUGUGAAAAUAAAUGCUUUAAGAAUAAUUAUGAAGAUAAUGUUGUUACAAAUGCAAUAGCAAAAACAACAACAACAACAAAAACAAAAACAACAAAGAUUUUGAAUGGUGCUGAAAACUUUAGUAAAAUUUUAUUUAAUAAACAUACAAACGAUAACGUCGUUAGUAAUGAUAAGAAGGAUGAUGGCAAUGAACGGGCAAUUGAGAAUGUUAGUAUAUUAGUAAAUAAUUAUAAUUAUAAUUAUAAUAAUAAUGAUAAUUAUUAUGAUGGUGAUGAUGAUGAUGAUGAUGAUGAUGAUGAAACAAUCACAAAUAAUUUAAGUGAAAUGGAAAAUGUAAAUUUAGUAAAACGUAAACGGAUAACAACAAAAAAUGUUAAAGAACUAUGCUGCUCUGCCGUACCAAAAAGCACUCUAACAUCUUCCUCUCCUAUUAGUACUAUUACUACUACUACUACUAUUACUACUGCUGCUACUGCUACUAUUACUACUACUACUAUUACCAAUACUGCUGCUACUACUAUUACUGCAAUUAAUGCUAUCACAUCUACGUCCAAUGUAAAUAAAAAUUUAAAACAAUCCAGCUGUUCAACGAGAUAUUUUAAUGAUUGCGAUAUCGUGGCAAGUAUGCGUGUUCAAUUUGGAAAAUUUUGGCUGGCAUUUGUUGAAUAUUGUGAUAGAAACACCAUUAAGCCUAAUGAUCCACGUUUCUUUAAGCAAAACAAUAGUAAUCAUCCGAAUCAAAAACAAGCUGAAAAAUUCCGUUUACUUACCAAUAAGAAAGUGAUAUUUUUGUUUAUAGUUUGUCUAUUCUUCUCGUGCAUUAACCGUAUAGAAGGCCGUCCGGAAAGCAGUGAUAGCAUACCGGGAGUUACAGAUGCAACAAAAGCGAUAAAUUUGGCACAAUCACUAGUACCCAACGCAAUUCUUUCUUCAGCAAAUCCUGGGGAAGAGAUGUCUGCGAUGCCGCAGCAAUAUGUAGUGGCUGAUCCAGGUUCUAUCCAUACAGGAGUGGAGGUUUUGCAAUCUGACGAACAUAAACAUGCACCUGAACGUUAUCCUCUUUCACAGGUGGAUUUUGAAAGAGUAAAAACACCGUUUAUUAUAGGUGUUUGGAUACUGUCAGCGAGUAUAGCUAAAAUUGGUUUCCAUAUGACACCCAAAUUGCAUUUGAUCUUUCCUGAAUCCUGUCUUCUCAUCGUGGUAGGUGUGGUUAUCGGUGUUGUACUGUUCUUUGGUACCAAUGUAGGUGUUUCUCCCCUAACGCCCAAUACAUUCUUCUUCUAUAUGCUACCACCGAUUAUAUUAGACGCUGGGUAUUUUAUGCCGAAUCGUUUAUUCUUCGAUAAUUUGGGUACUAUUCUGUUAAUGGCUGUGGUCGGUACCAUAUUUAAUAUAGCGACGAUUGGCGGGUCACUUUGGGCUUGUGGCCAGACUGGUAUAUUCGGUUCACCAGAAGAUGCGCCUAAAUUUUUAGAUAUUUUCUUGUUUGCCUCCUUAAUAUCGGCUGUUGAUCCAGUAGCUGUGCUUGCAGUGUUCGAGGAAAUUCAUGUCAAUGAAAUUUUAUAUAUUGUCGUCUUUGGCGAAUCUCUACUUAACGAUGCUGUUACGGUCGUCAUGUAUCAUAUGAUGGAAGUCUACAACGAAAUGGGUCUAAACAAUAUUAUUGUGCAAGAUGUUAUUAGCGGUGUAGGUUCGUUUUUCGUAGUUGCUUUGGGUGGUACCGUUAUUGGUAUCAUUUGGGGAUUCUUAACUGGUCUGGUUACACGUUUUACUGAUCAUGUGCGCGUUAUAGAGCCCAUUUUUAUAUUUGUUAUGGCCUAUUUGGCUUAUCUGAAUGCUGAAAUAUUCCAUAUGAGCGGUAUAAUGGCGAUUACGUUUUGUGGCAUUACUAUGAAGAAUUAUGUGGAGUCGAAUAUUUCACAAAAAUCUCAUACAACAGUCAAAUAUGCUUUAAAAAUGUUGUCAAGUUCCUCGGAGACUAUAAUAUUCAUGUUUUUGGGAGUGGCUACCGUCGAUAAGGGUCAUGACUGGAAUACAUGGUUUGUAGUGUUAACCAUAGUAUUUUGUUCCGUAUAUCGUGUCAUAGGUGUCAUUAUCUUGUCAGCUUUGGCAAAUCGUUUUCGUUUACAUAAACUUUCACGGGUUGAUCAAUUCGUUAUGUCUUACGGUGGUUUGCGUGGCGCCGUCGCCUUUGCUCUUGUCCUAUUAAUCGAUGAGGGUUUAGUGCCUCAGAAAAAUAUGUUUGUUACUACUACCAUAGCUGUGAUAUAUUUUACGGUAUUUGUUCAAGGUAUUACUAUAAAGCCGCUGGUGAAAAUUUUAAAUGUUAAACGGGCUAGUAAACGUAAACCCACCAUGAAUGAACGCAUCCACGAGAGAUUUAUGGAUCAUCUAAUGGCUGGAAUUGAAGAUAUUGUCGGAAAGACAGGCAAUUAUAAUGUACGCGAUAAAUUUAAACGUUUCGACAAUCGUUUCAUACGUCCUCUCUUAAUAAGAGAUCUUAAGGGCGCGGAGCCGAAAAUUAUUGAAACUUAUUCCAAAUUGACAAUGCGUGAUGCCAUCGAAGUUAUGCGACGUAAUCCCUCAACAAUCGGUCAGAUCACUGGCACCGAAUCGAUGAGUGCUUUAUUCCGAAAUUAUACCAAUAAUUGCAUUGGUGGCAGGUGGGCACCACCGACAAUAUACACAACCUGCCCCAGUCUUACAAAUUUGGACAACACUUGUUCGCGUAAUUUGGAUAUGCAUGAAUUGGAUUAUAAUCCCUCGAAAAAAGAUUUAACAGAUGCGAAAAUCCAUCAUUUAUUGGCCGAAGAACUUAAACCAUACAGAAGGGCCUCUAUACAAAUGCAUCGUCGUCUUAGCUAUAGUCGUCAUGCAGUCGACGAUCGUGACUUGUCAACACAGGUUAAUUACAAAAUGCAGAUGCAUUUUCGACGUAUGUUUAACGAUCGUAAACAUCAUAAACGCAGUAAACGUGGUGUUAAUAAGAAUCCGGAUGGCGUUAAACAAAAUCAUGUAUCAUUCCAUGAUUUUCAACAGAAUGGAACAACGAAACAAUUCUCGCAUGAAUAUUACAUUAAUGAAGUACUUCAUGAAUCGGCAGAGGAAAAUCCUACGAAUAAAUUAACCGAAGUAACUGUGGUUGGACCCAACGAUGACUGGGAUGAUGGCUUGACAUUUACCGCUAAAUCAUCACCGGAUUCUGAUCGUGCCAAUAAUAAUUCAUUAAUUGCUCACAUACAAAAUUUGCCCGGGUUUGAUACUUCCAAAGCACGGAUUGUUCAACAUUACGCCACCGCCACGAACACGAAUGCGAACACCAACAACACUGUAUCAUUUCAAGUGAGUCCUGCUGAUGAGAGUCCGGAGAAAUUAAUUUCACCAGAUCCAUCUAUUGGUCCAACAGCGGCCGAACUGAUAUUACCCUGGCGCAGAGAUCGUUCCUAUCAGAGCAUUGCUGAGAAUGCCAUACCGGAAGAAGAUCGUCAAUUUUCACGUGAUUCGGAUGGUGAACAUCGCGUGGCUACACCCACCGCCACUGAAUCUCAACUUCCUUGGAAGCGUCAAGGCGACGAGAUAUCAGAUGCCGUUCAGCAAAAUGAAUUUCCCGCGUGGGCUUCAAAUAAAGAGUAUCUGGCCUAUAAUUCACCAAGUGCCACCUUUUUGGGUGGUAUAAACAAACCUAAACAGCACAAGUCCGUCAUAGGUCUGUUCCGACGGGAAAGUUCCGGCUCACGUGGUACGACUAGCAUUGGCGGCGAUAAUGCUGAUGGCGGUUCAGCGCCAGGCUCGGAUCCCGCCUUGGCGGCCAUUUUAAGUAACAUGGUUGCGCCUUCAUCGUCUAUGCAAUCGUCGCGUUUGGACAAACGUUCGGCAUCUAUAUCGGCUGCUUCUAAUUUAGGCGAUGGGCACGCUGGACCAUUCCCGGUUACAGCUAGUCAUCGGCGCAAUACUAGACGUGGUUCCAUGCUAGAGUUAAGCGGCCUUGUGGUAACAGGACGCAGACCUAGUAGACUCUUUAGUCCUUUACAGUUAGAAAAGUUUAGUAAAAUUACUAACAAUGAACUCCUCCAUGCUACUAAUAAUAAUAAUAAUGGUAAUUCUACCACAACAUCAACUACUUCUGCUACUGCUCCCACUUCACCUGUCUCUACCGCAACAGCAUAUGCAACAGACACUAGGCGUUCUUCUAAUGUCACAUGCAGUACUGUUGAGGAAAAUGUCGAUCAGGAAAAUGUAGAAAUUGCACAUUUGUGAAAAUUUCUGAAAGCAAUAACUAAAAGAAUGUACUUUUACCUACAACAAUUACAACAACAGCAACAAAAUCGCAACAAUAUAGUAACAUAUUUUUUAUAAAGCAUAUAUUAUAUACCGGUAUUAGACAGUGCGUGAGUUUAGUGAUAUUUACACAUAUAUAUCACUACAUAAUAGAAAGAAGAAUUAGCUCUAAACAACCGAAGAGAUACAAACAUAUUUUUCGAAAGUUUUUAAUCAUUAACAUAAAAGUAAAAGUGUAAAGUAAUUAUUUUUUUUUUUUUU